AUGGCGAAUGCAAAAGAAAUUACUGAAAGUCUGUUGCAAUUCACUUCCAGUUUAUACAGUAAAGCCAUUUUGCAACAGUCAAGCGAUUUACAAAACACUUUCAUGUCCCCGUUGAGCAUUUACAUUGCUUGUGCAAUGACCAUGGCUGGCGCAAGCGAUACCACGCUACAAGAAAUGUGGCACACAUUGCAUGUUCCUGAUGCCCUAAGAAGUAAUGAGUUCCACGAAUCAAUUGGCCAGCACCUGCUGAAACAGAUUGCGAGUUCACCAGAUGUUGAGGUGUCUUUGGCUAAUCGGUUGUUCACCCUGAACAAUGUGAGCAUUCUGGAUGAUUUCAAGCACACAUUGAGUAACGACUACUGCUCGGAUUUGGAAAGUAUUGCCGACCUUGAAACUGUGGAAGAUAAAAGGCAUCGUAUCAAUCAGUGGGUUGCGCUAGUCACAAGAAGUAAGAUACCGGAGCUUAUCGCUCCCGGAGGAUUGGCAGAGGAUGCUGUAUUGACCAUCGUGAACGCUUUGUACUUCCGAGGUAUGUGGGAAGAGUCUUUUCCAAAAGAAGCUACAUUCCAGUCUAAAUUUUACUGUCUUGAUGGAACCACAAUCGAUGUCCUGAUGAUGUACAAUCAUCAAUCGUACCGGUUGACGGAGAUCACUGAUCUGGACGCGAAGGCAAUCAAGCUCUCAUUUAACGGCGAACGAUGGAAAAUGCUGAUUCUUCUACCAAAUCAGCGAGAUGGACUCCAAAAACUGCUCAACGGACUUCAGCAACCCGGAAAGUUUGCUUCAGUCCUUGCAGAGUCUUUCGUGGAGGAAAAAGCUGAGGUUUACCUCCCCCGAUUCAAAUUGGCCGAUUGUCCCCCACUGGAUGUCAAAAAGUUGUUGCAAAAUUGUGGUAUCCGACGUCUCUUCGAUCGAGAAGCAGACUUAUCUAAGAUCUGCGCAGACAAAAAGUUAUUCAUUAGCGAUGUGAUGCACAAAGCCGUAUUAGAGGUGGAUGAAGAGGGAGCUACGGCAGCUGCGGCCACUGGAAUGGUGGCUGUAGCAAUGUGUUACAUGCCAACUCCGGUUAUUCAGGUUGAUCAUCCAUUUUUCCUGGCUAUUUUGGGCGAGUCUGAUGUGCCUGCUUUCAUUGGGCAUGUUGUGAGACCCGAAGUCGAUUGCACAAGCUGAAAAUAGAAUUUAUUUUCAGAACGCUGA